GCGAGCGUUGGCUUCCGUCCUCCGGUUUGUGGUGCGUGGUCGCUAGGAGCCGCAGGAAGGCAAAGCGCGCGCAGUUUCCGUGAGGCCUGCCGGGAGUGAGGAGAGAAGCCCUUCUGCGUGCGAAGCCAAGAUGUCAGAAGACCUGGCAAAACAAUUAGCUAGUUAUAAAGCUCAGUUACAGCAAGUUGAAGCUGCUUUGACAGGAAAUGGAGAUAAUGAAGAUUUAUUAAAACUCAAGAAAGAUUUGCAGGAAGUUAUAGAAUUGACUAAAGACCUCCUUUCAACACAACCUUCAGAAACGCUUGCAAAUUCUGAUAGUUCUGCGUCUGCCCUCCCCAAUCACACUUGGAAAGUUGGAGACAAAUGUAUGGCAAUAUGGAGUGAAGAUGGACAGUGUUAUGAAGCUGAAAUUGAAGAGAUAGAUGAAGAGAAUGGUACAGCUGCAAUCACGUUUGCAGGAUAUGGUAAUGCUGAAGUCACGCCUCUACUCAAUUUGAAGCCUGUGGAAGAGGGAAGAAAAGCAAAGGAAGACAGUGGCAACAAGCCUAUGUCCAAAAAAGAAAUGAUUGCUCAACAACGAGAAUAUAAAAAGAAGAAAGCUUUGAAAAAGGCCCAGCGUAUCAAAGAACUAGAACAGGAACGAGAAGAUCAGAAAGUCAAAUGGCAGCAGUUCAACAAUAGAGCAUAUUCAAAAAACAAAAAAGGCCAGGUAAAGCGGAGCAUCUUUGCUUCUCCUGAGAGCGUUACAGGGAAGGUUGGCGUUGGGACCUGUGGAAUUGCAGACAAACCUAUGACACAGUAUCAAGAUACAUCAAAGUAUAAUGUCAGGCAUUUGAUGCCCCAGUAAUUAAGGGGGAAAUUGUCAUAUUUGCAGGGCUUUACAUUUAUCUUUUUAUUGUUAUAUUUUUCUAACAGUAAACAAUUGGUGCGUAAUGAAAAUGGUGUUGCCAUCACUUGGCUUUUGCUGGUACAAGCCUUAAUUAUUACAAAUAUUCAAAUGACCCCGUUAUUCUAAAAUUUUGUAUAGAUAUGCAAAAGUUAGAGUGUUGAAGAAAUGCCCUUUGCAAUAUUUUGAAGCCCUUGAUCUGAUACAGUGUCUUUACUCAGGCACAUACUGAGAAUACUACCAAGCAAACAAGGAUGUAAUAAAAUAAUUAUCCCAUAUUUUUGCUGUUUGAUAUCUAUCAGUCCUGUUACCUUCCUACAAGAGCACGAUUGUUUUUUAUUUGUUCAGAAAUAAUUCAGUUGAAAUAUUUAUUGGGAUUUUACUCUGAUUAAAUAUAUACUGGAAUGUGCUGAUAGGAAGGGUUUUUCAUCUGAAAGAGCAGAACCCUAGACCUACAAUCUCGGAAAAGAUAGCUAAACAGAAUUUAUGCUUAAUAAUGACUGUUUUCUAUAGAUGAGGGUUUGGUCUCAAAUCACACAUCCUUUCAUUAGUGCUGUGUGAUUCUAUAUCCAAUGGUUUAGAUAGCAUCGAAAUAUAACUUCCCAAGUCACUCCAAACCUGGUACAAGAAUUUGGAGAUUCCCCCACCCUAACUACAUAUGAGACAAUAUUGAGUAUGGAAUAGCUUAGAAACCUGCCAAACAUUUUGUUAUAGUUAAAAAAACCCUCAUGAGUGAGAGUGAGUUUUCUUUUCUCUCUGGAGUGAAAAAAUAUUAGGAACUGGCUGAUUUGUAUUGCGUUUCUAAAUACCAAAUUUUAUAAGUAUGGAAAAAAGGAUAUCUCUUCAGAAAAAAGAAAACAUGCUUAGCACUGGCAAACUGUAUUUAUAGAAAUUAAAAUUAAUAAGGAUUUAGUUAUGAGCUGCAUAAGUUUUUCUCAGUAAUUUUCAAGGACUAGCACUUUAAAACUGGGAGAUACGAAAUACACAUUUGGAAGUAGUUAUUUCCAUUGAAAACUUAAUGGCUUAUUGUAUUUAAUAUACUGCAAAGAGUCAUUUAGUGCUUAGUCAGUUUUACAGUUGAUUCAGCUAUACUUAAGUAUAGUUGGUGUUCUCUCCAAAUAAUGCCACAAUCCAACUGCAUUACUUUAGCUGAACAUUCUUGAUUUUAUUUGGAAAACCAUGUGUAAAUGUUCUGGCAUUCUUGUCUCUUCUGGAUGAAAUUGCUUCCCUUUGCUGUGUGUAAUGCUUAGGGUAGUAAUGACAUCUUUUAAUCUUGCAAAUGUGUUUGAGAGAAAAAGUUAAUGUAUAGCCCUGUAUACAGUGUAGAUAAAUAUUUUUGUAAAAUAUGGUGUCAAUGAACAAGAGUGAAUUUAGUUAUUACUCUUAUUAAAUAAUUCAGAACUAAUUCUUGCUCAUUAAUCUGACCUCCAUUGCUUAUGUCUGUUACAUUGUAGUUCCCUUUUGUCAUGUUUUCUGAAUUAAAAUCAGGCAACAUCAAUACUUGUUGAUACACUCAUUAGUGAAAGUCUGCCAGUUUAUCUGCAUUUAAAUCCAUAACUGGUAGAUUAUAAUCCACCUAUAGAUUCUUCCCGUCAACAAAAAGGCAAAGUAAUUUUUAUUACUGUGUUGAUCUCAGUUUUGUAUGUAACUUUUAUUAAAAUAAAGUGUUUAAAAUCUGUUUGCUAUGUCCCUAAAACCUUGUUAAAAUGAUUUGAUAUAAAUUGAUAUAGCAUUACUAAAGAGGAGGAGAAAUGUGCUGGUUAUACCAUUUAUGAGAAAAAUGCUCUUAUAAAGGUACAAUAUGUCCUGGAUAUAAUAUGACUAUAUCUUGAGCUUUUGGGUAAUAAUUUAACAACAUGGCUGCAAACUUUUGUGUUAUAAUAUUUUAUGGAUAAAUAAGUACCUUCUUUAUUUGUGAAAAUUAGUUUUUUAAAUGCAUAAAGCUAGAAUUGUUGGAAAAGAGCAAACACAAACUGAAUUCACUAAAGGAGCUUAGGAUCGGAGUCUGUAACUCAUUCUUGUAUCCAGAAUAGGUCUUGAGCUAUUGCUUCUUUACAAAAUUUUGUUAUAUCUUGGAAACCACUUCAAAAGGAACUUGUAAUUCAUCAUGAAAUUUGCUCCUCUGUGAAUGCUGAAAACAACAACAACUUGUAAUUCAUCUGCUUUGUAGGUGUUGAGCAUGCAACCCAACAUGGGCAGGAGCAUCCAGCACAUAUGCUGCUGUACCCAUGUGAAAUGCUAAGGUGUAAUUCUCAAAGCACGUGAGCACUGGAGUUAAGCGUGUUGAUUGUGUUUUGGAAACUUCUAUUAAUAUAGGUGAUACCAGAAAAUAGAAAAGUAACAAACUUAUUUGAAAUAAAAUGUCAUAAAAUUUAUUUAUAUAUUUAAACAAGUUAAUAUAGAUGGCCACCAACAAAAGAAUUAUGUUUACAAUGAUGAAAAUGCAACAAUGUUGUCAGCACUGUCCCUGCACCAUUACAGAUAGAGAGAUGCAAUCAGCAUUUUGGUAUUGUUUUAUAGACCAGCACUGGUCAAUCUGCAUAUUAGAGAUUUAUUGGGAUGUUUUGUAGCUUUCAAAUCCUCAAAAAAAUACCAGUUGGCUACAGAGUCAAUAUAUAAUUGUCAUAGUUCAGGUAAGUUAAGAGGAAUUGAAACAGUGAUAGAAGACACCUUAAAAGUGGGCUUGCACUGAAAUUCAUAGGUGGUCAAAAUAUACAUUUGUUCAGGAUACAUUUAUUUAGUAUUGGAAUUGCAUUUUUGGAUUAGUGCAAUAUCAUAGUACUAUGUAGAAUCAGCACCAUGUGAUUUCCCCCUUUAAAGAUUGCAAAAGAAUUCCAUAAUUUAUUAAAAACUGAAAAAAUUCCUGAUUUUUUUUCUUCUGAUAAAUAUCUGAGUAACACAGAGGUACAACCCUAAUUUUUGCUUUAGAUACUGGCUAACAUGAUAGAAUAUAAAAUGAGUG